AUGUCGAAGAGAGCGGCGGAUCCCUCCGAUGAGUACCCGGCAGCUCUGAAGGCCGGCGACCGUCCAAUUGUUGACGCUAAUCCCGACGAAGUGGGGGAAUUCGAGGACGAAUUUGAAGAUGAGUUCGAAAGCGAGGAUGAGAUUCUGGAGGCUGGUGUAGACGGUCGCCCAGAUGCGGAGCGAGAGGAAGAAGAAAGAGAAGAAGCUAUGGAGGUUGACAAGCAGACUUUUAUUCCUGGACGCACGAAAUUGGCACCUGGAGAGACACUUUCGCCCGAUCCGUCAACAUACGACAUGCUUCACACUCUCAGCACACCUUGGCCCUGUCUGUCCUUCGAUAUUGUGCGCGAUUCGCUCGGUGAUAACCGCAAGACAUUCCCCGCAACUGUCUACGCCGUUGCUGGUACACAGGCGGAGGGAACUCGAUCUAAAGACAACGAAUUGAUGGUCUUGAAGAUGAGCGGUUUAAGCAAAAUGGAACGAGAGGGUGAGAACUCAGACAGCGAGUCUGAUUCCGACGAUGAUGACAUGGGAGAGCCCAUCCUCGAGCACAAGUCUAUCCCUCUGGGUUCAACGACAAACCGCAUUCGCAGCCACCAGACCCCGUCGCAGUCGGCUGAUUACUCGAAGCCUCCUCAGACACUUACCGCUACCAUGCUCGAAAACUCUCAGGUUCUUAUUCACGACGUCACUGCCCACCUUGCCAGUUUCGAUGUCCCCGGUACCAUUCUUCCUCCCUCUGCCUCUAAACCUCUUUCUACCCUUCGCAUGCACAAGUCUGAAGGUUAUGCCCUUGACUGGUCUCCUCUCCACCCCCUUGGAAAAUUGUUGACCGGUGACAACGAUGGUCUGAUCUACGCGACUUCCCGCACAGAGGGUGGUGGCUGGGUGACUGACACUCGGCCUUUCGUGGGACACACUUCUUCUGUUGAAGAGCUUCAGUGGUCCCCGAACGAGCGCAAUGUUUUCGCAUCUGCGAGUAGUGAUGGCAGUGUGAAGGUUUGGGAUGUGCGAUCCAAGUCCCGCAAACCCGCCGUGGAUGUCCACAUCUCGAAGUCCGACGUCAACGUCAUGAGUUGGUCUAACCAGACUUUCCACCUUCUCGCCACUGGUGCCGAUGACGGUCAAUGGGCUGUGUGGGAUCUCCGUCACUGGAAACCAGAUGCUGCCGCCCCGUCAUCUCAGAUUGGCGCCUCGCCCGUUGCAUCAUUCGACUUCCACAAAGAGCCCGUUACCAGUAUUGAGUGGCACCCCUCUGAUGACAGUGUGGUUGCAGUUGGCUCGGCAGAUAACACAGUCACCCUUUGGGACUUGGCUGUUGAGCUGGAUGAUGAGGAGAGUCGACAGGCUGGCAUGGCCGACAUCCCCCCUCAACUGCUAUUCGUGCAUUACAUGGAGUCUGUUAAGGAGCUUCACUGGCAGGCUCAAAUGCCAGGCACUUUAAUGGCCACUGGUGGUAGUGGAUUCAGUGUUUUCAAGACCAUCAGUGUCUAA